UGUACAGCUUGGGGACUUUGGAGUUGCAAAAGUGCUGAACAGCACUGGAGAACUGGCAACAACAUGCAUAGGAACACCACUUUACCUACCACCAGAGAUCUGUGAGAACAAACCAUACAACAACAAAAGUGAUAUUUGGGCCCUUGGCUGUCUCCUGUAUGAAAUGUGCUCUCUUCAGCCUGCAGCUUGCAGUAGGGAGGAACUGUAUCAGAAAAUCAUCAGUGGCUCAUACUCUCCUGUGUCUGAUCACUACUCUCAAGAACUGCGUUCUCUCUGGGCUCAGCUGUUGAAUUGUGACCCUGAAGAGAGACCCUCAGUCAGCAGCAUACUGGACAGACCUUUCCUCUGCUGUAGGAUACAGAAGUUCCUCACACCACAGAUCAUUGCUCAGGAAUUUGGCCCUGAAGUGGGAGUGAUACUGGGGUCAGCAGCCCUUUUCAACUUUCUCUCCAAACUUGGACUGCAGACAUUUUAUCCCAACAAGCUCACUCUUCGCUCUCUCUUGGAAAUCAACAAAAGCAGCAUUUAUGAUGAAACUGUUGAAUCACUGGAGAAAAUACCAUGGUGCUUUCUCAGGAAACUCUUUCAAAUCAACGCAGAAUGCAGAAACUGUACACAAGUAUCAAAAGAUGAUGAUGAUGAUGAUGAUGAUAAUGAUGUUGAUGAUGAUGAUGAUGAUGAUGAUGAUGGUGAUGAGGGAAACAAUGACUUUGACAAAAACACAGAUGACUCUGCAGACAACAAGGUUAACCCUCUGGACCUCAUAGUUGCACUCUUUCUUUGUGCUGACAGCUUCUUGCAACAGGAAAUGGCCCUCAAGAUGUCAAUGUGUCAGUUUUCUGUCCCACUGCUGUUGCCUCAUGGCAAUAACAGUCAGUCUACUCUGAUGCUGUGGGCUCUGAGAGACAUCGUCAAAGAAUGGCGUCCACAGGAUUUGUCUGAAUCAAGAGGAUUUGUUGAAGACAGCAUUGUUCAAGCAAACAUACCAUUCUUCACCUUUGUCAGGCUGAAAAACUGUAGUCUCUCCAAGUCACAGGUUUUGAAUCAUGUUCUCAGUCGUGGCCAACAGAAUCACAACAUCUUCAUACACAGAGAUAUGAAAGGAGGAGAACUUAAAAGAAGAAUAGCAAAUGGUUUGGUUGAGGUUUGCUGGUUCCUUCCCUGUGGCAGAGAAAAUCUUGACAUAUUUCCAGAACCAGUUGCCUUUGCCAAUUUAAGAGGAGACAUUUUUGAGUCACUGGAACAAUUCAAUUUUCUUUUUCAAGAGUCAACUGCUACCUUUGUGUUCCUGGACAAAAUUGAAGAAAAUGAACACAAGAUUCUGACUUCUCUUCAAGAUGUGAAAUCCAAACUCUUCUUGGUUUUUAAUCACAAGGACAACUCUAAAGAGGACAUGAUGUCUGUUAAGAAAACACAGGAAGAGUUACAGCUACCAAACAGCAGAGUGAAAAUCAAAGACUCAAGAGUAAAUGUUUCAGCGCUUACAGAGAAACUUUGUGCCGCCAUCAAGAGCUCACUGCCAGAUGUAUCAGCCACACUGAACAUUGUUAAUAUGGUUGGAAAAGCUGUUGAGCUUGGUCUAUCUGUGGAUGAAAUGACAAGUGACAAACAGAAGAAAGCAGUUGAGGAGAUCAUGGUCGACAUUGAGGGGCAGAGUAUACCUGACUACAAGAAACAACAACUUCCUCUGCAGGGAGAAAACUGGAAAAGAUUAUCACAGUUAGAGAAGGAGGAGUGUAGACUGAAAUCUGGUGACUCAAACGUUGAAGAAUAUAAAUGCCAGCUACAGGAAGUAAAAGAAAAAAUUAGGAAGGAGCAAAGCAAACAAAAUCGUUCCAAAGGAAUGAAGAGUUUUAUUCAAAACUUAUCUACAAGUGACAAAGAGAAAAGAGAUUUUUUUCUUAAGUGGAUGAAACUCAAACUUAACGCACAUUCACGGACAAAACUGUCUGAUCUGCGCAACAAGUUCAAAGAGCAAUGCAAGAAAAAAGACAUAAAACUCAUUGCAAAGUUAGAUAAAGAUUUUCUGGAAAGCUUGUUAGGAGUAGAGCAUUACAUGAGAGAGAUGGGACUCAUCUAUGAGUUCUCAAUUAAUGGUUCAAAACUCACUGCUGAUGAAAUAACUCGUCUCCCUGGUUUGGCUGCUGAAAUGCUGUUGGAUGGAUUUCCUUUAGAGCUCUUGGAUGGAGAUGCUUCCAACAUCCCAGAGAGAUGGGUGACAGAUGUGCUGAUGGAGCUUCACAAGAAGGUUGGAGAACAGAGCAGACUGUUAGUACUGACUGUGCUGGGUGUUCAAAGUACAGGGAAGUCAACACUCCUCAACACCAUGUUUGGUGUGCAGUUUCCUGUCAGCAGCGGCAGAUGCACAAGAGGAGCUUAUAUGCUCUUCCUCAGAGUUGGUGAACAUAUGAAAUGUGAGUUGAACUGUGAUUUUAUAGUUCUCAUUGACACAGAGGGUCUAAAGUCUCCUGAUCUGGCAGAACUAGAGGAGAGUUAUGCGCAUGACAACCAGCUGGCAACUUUUGUCAUUGGCCUAAGUGAUGUUACUAUUAUUAACGUUGCAAUGGAGAACUCAACAGAAAUGAAAGACAUCCUGCAAAUUGCAGCUCACGCUUUCUUGAGAAUGAAGGAAAUUGGGAAAAAGCCAAUUUGUCAUUUUGUGCAUCAAAAUGUUUCUGAAGUUUCAGCUCAUGCAAAAAACAUAACAGAUAGAAAGCAUCUCUUGGAUCAGCUCAAUCAAAUGACACAAAUUGCUGCUGAAAUGGAAAGGCAGCCCUCCAUUAAAGCAUUCACAGAUGUGCUGGACUAUGACAUGGACAAAAACAACUGGAACAUCCCAGGACUCUGGCAUGGAAUCCCUCCGAUGGCACCAGUGAGCACUGGUUACAGUGAAGCUGUAGCAGAUUUAAAGAAACAUCUUUUGGAGACAGAAGACAGAAACAAUCAAGUCUCACAGAUCCCAGAGUUUCUAGAAUGGAUCAGAAGUCUCUGGAAAGCUGUGAAAUAUGAGAAUUUCAUCUUUAGCUUCAGAAACACUCUUGUGGCUCAGGCCUACAACAACCUUUGCAAAGAGUUCAAUCAAUGGGAAUGGCAGUUCAGAAAAGAAAUCCUCUCCUGGCAACAAGAAGCAGAGUUGGAAAUCUUAAAUUCCGACAUUGGAUCUGAUGUCCAGGAUUGGAGCACAUUGGUUGAACCAAAAAAAACAGAGGUGUCCCAAAAAAUAAUAGAAGAGGAAAGAAAAAUGAAGGAAAAACUUACAAACUACUACAAAAAGAAAGACCAGAAUGUAAAUCUGAUAGAAAAAUACAAAACUGACUUUUUCAGAAGUAUCAGUAGUCUUGCUGAGAAAAUCAGACAUUCAGCAAAUAAUAAACUGGAUUAUGUCCUUGAGCUAAAAAAAAGUUGUGUCCAGGCUCUGGACAUUCAGAGAAAAUACAGAAGCAGGAUUGAAGACGAGGUCAUGAGGCUCCUGAGUGUCUGUAAAGACAAAACCAAACUGUCUGAUGAACAGCUGAUAGAUGAGUUUGAAAAGAUGUGGACUGAAGCCACUAAAAAUGUGUCUGGCCUGAAAGAACGAGAUAUCGCAGCAUGUGUCCUGCAGCAGUUGAGAAAAAAUGUCUCAAACUGGAAUGUAAAUGAAAACUUCCAAAAGAUUAAAGAUCUAAAGGAGUUUGGGAAGGAUCCAUUUAAAACCACCCAUGACCAUGUAGACUCCUUGUUGAAGAAGGUUGUGCCUGUGUUUUGGGGAUUAGGAGAUCUGCAGAACUUCUCUGACAGAGUCAUUGAGUCUUGCACACGGUUUGUGCUUGAUAAAGCAAAGUCAAACACAGAUUACCACGACUCUUUUACAAGAGAUCUUCUUGAAAAAAUAGAUGAAACCCUUCAACAAAGCUACAAGCAUCACAAAACCAAUGCAAAGUUUGAGAUUGACCUGAAACUUCACAUUUGUGGCAUUGCUUCAAGGGAAUUCCUCAAAAUGCACAGAAAGUACUUGUCUGAUAAUGAUCCUAAAAUUCAGCUGGAGAAACACAAGAGGCAGUACUUGACAGAUUUUCUUGAUCUUUACAAAGAUAGAGAUGAUUGUCAACGCAAAGCAAAUGAUUUUGUCAGAUGUUGCAUCAAACCUGCUGUUGAAGAGUUCAUCGAUAGAGCUUUGGGAAUAGACAUUGUGGAUGAAAUAGUGACAGGUUCCCAUUCAGCAGAGUACAGCUCCCGCUCCUUUUUCCAGUACAACAUUCAGGAAGAGUUGCUGCAAAAGGAUGACUUUAACAGUUUUGUCAGGUACAUUAGUAAUUAUGAAAUAUAUGUUAAGGAUUGGAUAUUUCAGCAAAUCCAGAAACAAAUGUCAAAGAACAUAACUUUGUGCAAACUGAAGAAGAAGAACCUUCAAGUCAUAGUUGAUAAAAUCACAGCAGCAUUAGAGAAGGCCUCAAAAGGACCAGGUGGUGUUCAACUGCCAGACAACAAUGAAAGCAUCACAAAGCUCAUCAGCAACAUGCGGAAGUAUUUGAUUAAAGACAUCUCAAUCUCAGUGGAGGAUAAAGAAACCACCUUGUUUCAAAUCAAAAGCACAUGUCAUCCAUUUAUCAACGGCCUCAAAAUGUCAAUAAAAGACUUGAACAAACAGCUUCAGGAGGAAUUCUCAAAGUCUGAAAACAUCACUGAGACUCUGAACAAACUUCCAAUCAAACCACAGGAUGAGCUUUUCAAGAGAGUGUUUGGUUGUGGAAAGCAAUGUCCAUUUUGUAAAGUUCCCUGUGAGGCUGGAGGCAAAGGACACGAUCAGCAUCAUGCAGCUGUUCAUCGACCAAAAGGUCUCGGUGGAUAUAGGUAUGAAAGCACAGAGAAGCUGGCUCCAACACUGUGUACAACUGAUGUGCAAGGUGAAGGUAGAUUCAAUAACUCAGAUACUAAAGGAGAGUUUCAUCCUUUCAAAGAGUACACCAACUACUAUCCGGACUGGCUCAUUCCUCCAGAUCCCAGCAUAGAGUCAUCUGACUACUGGAAGUAUGUACUGGUACGAUACAAUGACAGAUUUGCUCAACAAUACAAGGCCAAACCAGCUGAUGUUCCAGAGGCCUGGAGGAGAAUCACAAAGGAAGAAGCACUGAAGGGGUUAAAAGUUGCCUUCAACAUAAAGUGA